AUGACUAGUCUCUCUCCCGAUGGGCGCAGUCCCGGCACGUUAGACCUCGCCAUGGUUGCUCGAGAGCUCCGGGCGGCCCGGGACGAGCCUCCCUCCUCUCGAAAUUUCCCGAAGGAGUGGUAUGGAAUAUUUGUACGUAAGAACGGCUUUACCAAACCACUGAGCAAACUACAACUCCUAUCGUGGAUCACCUUCACCGUUGAUGUCGUUCUCGGUGCCAUUAUAGCAGUGCCAAUCCUACUGAGUGAAUCACGCUGGUUUGGAUGGCUGAUCUCAACGUUGUGGUUGAUCAGCACUAUACUGCUCAUCGGUUCCACGUACACAGCGACUCACUGCGAUCCUGGUCGUAAAUCAAGACCCCUCGAGAGCACCCGCUUCUGCCUGUUCUGCAAGCGUAAUGUGAGCGCUGAUGCUAAACACUGUCGACAGUGUAACAAAUGCAUAGACGAUUUCGAUCACCACUGUGAGUGGCUCAACAACUGCAUUGGUCGUGAGAACUACACCGCCUUCAUUUUGGCCGCUACCUCAGCUUUCAUCUUCACGACACUCCUAGUCGCAUUUUCCGGUCUGGAGAUCAGCCGAUAUAUUGGUGAUGGUUCGGAGGCUACCGUUUAUCGUUGGAAACGGGUUUACAAUAGAGCUGAUGAUGAAACAGUAGUUGGUCUGUCACUAACCCUUUUACUGGUGAACCUACCUCUAACAUUGUGUACAUUACAGCUAUUAGCAUUCCAUGCGUUCUUGGCUUACAAAGGACUGACUACGUACGAAUACAUCGUGUAUAAAUUAAACGGAGAAGAGGCGGAGCGAAGCAGACCUCCACAAGGAAGGAAAGUUUGGAAUCGAUUCAAGUCAUUGCCGACUAUCAUGGACUGGUUCGUAUUCAUUGGUCGGUCGAAGAGAUCUUCUGGUGAAGCUCGAGAGGGUUCACCUCCGUUACAAGUUGACAUUGAAAUUCUCAUCGGUGACUCUGGUGUUGGCAAGUCCUGCUUACUACUACGAUUCGCCGACGAUAGCUUUACGGAGAGCUACAUCACCACUAUUGGAGUCGAUUUCAGAUUCAGAACUAUCCCGGUUAGUGACAAAACUGUGAAACUACAAAUUUGGGAUACAGCCGGGCAGGAAAGGUUCCGUACAAUAACUUCUGCGUACUACAGAGGAGCAGAUGGGAUUAUGAUGGUUUAUGACUGUACGCACAGGGAGUCAUUCGAAAAUAUUGAUAAUUGGCUUAGUGAAGUGAAUCGUUACGCUAACGACUCGACUGUGAAGAUUUUAAUAGGAAAUAAAUCUGAUCUCAAGGAGGACCAGCAGGUCACUCCAGAGGAGGGGGAGCAGAAGGCGAAGGCCUUGGGCUUUUCUGGUUUCAUUUUAACGAGCGCCAAGGACUCAUCCAAUGUGGAGAAAGCAUUUUCAAUGGUCUCGCAGUCUCUCAUUGAUACACGUGCGGCUGCGGCUGCUGGUCAGGACGGUAACCGGCAACAGAGUGGAGGGAUUAUGCAACUGCGCAACGCGGGAUCGUCAGUGUCGGGCUACUAUCCUUCAAAUUGCUGUGGUCAGUGA